AUGACUGAUCUCUGCGAGCAGCCUUUGGGGCUACUUUCGGAAGUCACCCGGCGGGAGUUGGUGCACUUACUGGAAUCCUUGCCCGGCAACAAGGACUUGAUAGUCGAUGCUUCGUUGCUUCGUCCACUUGAUCGUAUAGCUUCGAUGAGCCUUUUACAAAAGCAUGAAUGCCAGCGGGUGAUUCCACUACGCCUGGAGUCCACA